AUGAUGCCGCUGAUGGCUAGCAUCCCUUGUUGGGCUCUUCGGCUGCUGGCAGUGAUCGCCGUGGUUUGUACGAUUGCCUUGGGGGGAGUUCACAACCUUGGAGACAACGACUUCGACGACUUCGUCGCCGACCUUCCUGAACAAGCGCUCCUAUUGGUCGACUUCUAUAAGCCUGGCUGCAGACAUUGCCAGAGAUUGAACCCAGUUCUAGACUACCUCGAGGCCGAAUGGGAGAAAGAAGAGCCGGACGACUCGAAGCGGUGGUUCAAGCUUGCCAAGGUCGACAUCGAGAAGAACCCUCGUCUCAAGACGGUAUUUGGAAUAGCGAAACUUCCGGACCUCCGGUUCGUUCGAGCAGGACGGUGGGGCACAUACCAGGGGGGGCGACUAAUCGAGGAUAUCAAGGAGUUCAAAGAGCGCAUGGCUUUGGUCCCCCUCCGCUUUGUGGAUGCCGACGCUUUGACGGGGCUGGCCAGAAGCUCGGAAGCCGUGUUUGUGCUCUCCGCCAACGAGGAUGCUGACCCUUCCACGGUGGCCCCGGGGGUUCUCCUCGCCGCCACGUUGUCACAGCACGAAGCCACCUUCUGCACCACAUCACCGGAGGUGUUGGCAUCACUAGGACUAGGAGUAAGCGGGGUGUCACCGGCGCUAGUCAAGGUAGUAGCCGGACAGGGGGGACGACUUCUGCAGCCGGCCGCGUACAAGACGGAGAGGGGCACCCAAGGUGUCAACGACGACAGCGCUACUGUCAGCGUCGCCGCUGCCUCUUCGUGGUCCGUGUUGAGCUGGGUGGAGAGGGAGAGGUUCGGAUUGGUAUCGGACCUUUCGCCGGACAAUUUUAUGAGGCUGGGUUCCCUGGGAAGGUUGAUGGUGCUUGGAGUUUUUGACCCCAAGCACGAGGCGACAAGAUCGUUCCGCAAGGUUUUUGGGGAUGUAGCCUCGGACAUGGGAGUGAGGCACUCCGAGAGGCUCAUGUUCGGGACGGUAAACCGCGUUACGAUGCCGGGUUUCAUGGAGACUUUCAACGUGUACGAGGGGCAUCCGCAGGUCAUAGUCAUGGACAUUGCGUCGGACGAGUUCUACACCUUGGAAAACAUGCGGAUGGAAGUUGGGGAAAUGGAGGCAUUCCUUAUCGACGUCCUAGCAGGGUUCAUUCCGGCCCGAGUGCCGUCUACCAAUUCCGCGCGGUACGCGAUGAAGAUCUGGUGGCUCGUUCAGAAGGGGGGUGCGUGGAGCUUCCUUCUCCUCAUCCCGGUGGUGGCACUGGUGUGGGUGUUCUGCGACACGCCUCAACGGGAGGAGGCGCGGGCAGCUUUGCGGGAAGUCAGGAAGACUGAGAGGGAUGGGGCUCUUCGACGCAAGAACCAGUGAAACCGCGGCAGACGCACACGCCUGCCUCCGAGUGGUGUUGCGCACAUGCCUCCUUCGUUGGUGCGGAGAACAGCAUCACUUGAACAGCAUCAUUCUGUAGGAUAUCUGUAGGAUGCCAAGAGGUAGAUGCGGCAGCUUCGGCUGCACUUUAGAGUGGCGACUAGGUUUCGUGUCGUAAAUGUGGUGUACAGAGUAAGUAGAGGACAGACGUUUAGUGUAGUGUAUGAUCCGUCCACGGUGUUCGGGAUCUUGAUGGCACAUGUCUGCCGCCGAUAGCACAUUUUUGAGGCAACCCUCCUGCUGAUUAUUGUACAUUGCACUGCCCGUCGACAGAGGUCUCCUCGGCAUUUGUCUAUUAAUGUUAUUACAGGUGUAGACCAAGUGUGGUGAACUGUCGUGUUUUGUAUCCCUUACCUGGCCCUAGUGCUUCGUGGGAUCAUUGAUCUGCGUGUGAGCUUGUCUACUUGCUCGAUGUUACGGCAGGAAGACCGAGAAGAAACCCUCGAUCUACGCGUUCUCUAUCUAUUAAACGCAUGUUUUGUGCGGGGUUGAUUGUUACAGUGUGUGGGUGAGGUGCCACCUUUUGUCGGAUUUCCAAUCGUUUUGGCGUUUUGCAACAGCACUCUAUAUAUUAUGCAUACGACAUGAUUGAUGAUGGAAACGCUCGGCCCUUGGGCAAGAGAACAGAAUAUACUUGUUUGU